UGUGCGCGGGGAGGUACACUGUGUGUGUCGUUGAGCCUCGCGUGGUGUGAGCAUGUGUUCGCGUACCAGUGUAUUGCUACGUCACCCAAGGUGUACAGUGCCGCCUCUCUCUCACAAGUACAUCCCCUGUAUGGUCUUAAGGCUCUCUCCCAGUCCCGGUGCCGUGAAGGUCUUUCACCUUACAAAAGACAACGAUUAUCUUCACGAUCGGCGCCUCUCUAGCUGUGGGGGCGAGCACGCUCACUUACCCUGAAAGUUACAGUGAGUGAUACUUUUAUAAGACAAUAAAAGAAAAGUAAAACGAUAUAUAAAACUUAAAAAAUAUAUAUAUAUAUAUAUCUAAAGACUUUAAAAACUUUGAAAAUAUAUACGCAAGCGACUGCUGUGACGGGAAUUUUUAUCCAGUGAAAAAAAAAAAAAAACUAGCGACCCUUGUGCUGUGAGUGCAUCAGUGUAUUUUGCGUGUGUCACUGGGAGAGUUAAGUACACCAUGGAACAAGUGUGUGUGGAUUGAGAGGCUGGAACUAAUGGUGGCCAAGCAACAACAGUGUCUCUCAGGUGGCCUGCUGAGCGCCGGGGACGGGCCGGGUGGGGGUCGCAACGACAUGUCACGUCUGAACGGUCGCGUGCACAACUCUGGUCCUCCUCACGGCACCUCCGCCCAAUACCAGGCAGUACCCAUCCAGUACCACCAAGGUGCCCCGGUCCAAUACCAGGGCUCGCAGGGACACCCCGAGGAAUUUGAGCCCUCCUGUCUAGUGAGGACUCCCUCAGGCAACGUCUAUAUACCCUCGGACAUGCCCAAGACCUCUACUCUGGAGUACAAAUCCGGCCUCCACUCUCCCAGUCUCCAUAGUCCAGUUAAAGGAGACGCACAGAAAGCCAUGGAAGGGUACAAUGUGCAGUUCGGAGGCGGUCUGCCCGCACCAGUGCUUCCCGUCCGUAACAAUCUCCGCCGCCCGGGUCCCGGUGCUGGGCCCCGAGGUGUCGGGGGCCCGUCCAGCAGCGGGGGAAGGGGCCCCGGCAGCCCCCGCUGCUCCUGGAGGUGCACUGCCAUUAUCUUCAUCACCAUCGCCGUGGUAUUGGCCGCCAUACUCAUCUACAUCGCAGCUACGAGCAGUCUGGCGUGGUCGACGCACGGUGGCUGUGCGGUGUUGGUAGACGAGGAGACAGUCAUCACGGACAAGGUUCAUCCUGGCCAGGCAGCAUCUAGAGGUAACCCCUUCUACCCCCUGAGUCGCCCGCUGCUCGCCACACACCACACUCGCCAGCCUUCCCCGGUGGAACCCCUUCAGCAGCUCUACCUUGUCUUUGAGCCCUUGCCGGAGGGUGCGCCAGCGCCCCCGGGGCCUGGCGCCCCACCCAGACGCAUGCGUAGAAGUGUGCAGCAUGAUUUACUACCACCUGCCAGCAUGGGCACUCACUCGCCACACUCACCCUCCUCCCAUGACCCAUCUCCAACCCCUCUUAACCCUGACCUCCCUGCUUCAGACACCCCUAACCCUGACCUUCAAGCUUCAGACACCCGUAACACUGACCGCCCAGCUUCAGACACUCGUAACUCUGACCUCCCCGCUUCAGACACCCGUAACUCUGACCUCCCCGCUUCUGACACUCCAAUUUUAGACUCUCCUUACCCCCUAGCUGACUCUCCCAUAGAGACGUCUCACCACCCGGAGUUACAGACUCUCACUACUCCUGGUACUGACUCCAACUCCCCCACACACGUCAGCCGCGACCCCCUAUCGUCGUCACCAGUUACACAACCUCACUCGUCGUCACAGACGCCUUCCAGCAACACCCAUAAUGACAGAAAUGCCCCGUCUGGAAUGGCUGUGGGCUCCUCGCAUGCCCAUGUGGCGGCCGACCCCACUACCCUUGCCCCAGCAGGUCGUGAUCCUGACAGAUCCGAGGAUCUAAAUGUUGCAUCCGCAAGUUUCCCUCACCAGUACGAUCAUUUAACCAGUAACUCCCUUCACAUUCCCACACAUGACAAAAAAUACCCACUAGGCUCCUCAGUAAAGGUUAAGGAACACCACUUUGAUUCGAUUUUGAGAUUUGGCAAGACUAACCAGCCCAGGGAAGCUUUAAUAUUGGACGAAGACAGCGGUGGCGAGGAGAGGCCACGAGUAAAAGGCGGUGUGCAAUUUAAGACUAGUGAAAAGUGGGCCGACCCCAGCGUGUCUGGCAGUGACACUUCCAUUGACAGCCAGGCUAAAAUCUUGCAUGAGAAAUCAGAUCCAGCGGAUGAUGUUUUUGAUCCAGUAAUUGAUGUUGUUGAAUAUUCUGAUGGAGAAGCCGGCAGUGAGCUGCCUGACAGUGAUAUUGAUGUGGGUGAUGACGUCGACGUUAGGGACGAUGUCGACAGUGAUGAGGUUGAAAGUGUAGGUGAUGUCGACAGUGACGGUGUUGACAUUGAGAGUGAUGGUGUGGAUACUGAUAGUGAUGAUUCUGACGCUGAUGAAGUUAUUAACAGUAACUCUACCAGUGAGACUGUUGGGGACGGAGGGGAAGACUACGCCGUAGGUGGCGAGGAAGUCAAGGCUGGGGCGGACUACGUGUAUGGCCACAACCCCGAAAACGAGGACACCAAGCUCGUGGAGUAUGAGCAAGAUACUGAACGUCCGCCCACAGAAUACCCACAGGCGUACGAGGCCAUACCCAGCGUACUGUUGGUAACUAACUUGGGUAAUAAUACGCCAGAGCAUUUUCCUGAAUCCAUGAUCUAUAUGGAUCCCUACGACGCCAUGCUUGGUGAUGACCCGUCAGCGUACUCAUCUCACAGAAGUCAUUUUCCAGGUGAACCCAGCACCGGUCUGGACAAGACGAAGCUGAAGCGCCGUAACAUACCACUCAGGUCAUGGAUGGCAUCAUUCCCCACACUGGAGACUUAUGUGGCUCCCGAGGCUGAUUCAGACACGCAAGCAGAGCGGAAGUCAUCGGGGAACACCAUAGUACCAGGUGCUACCUGGUUCUCAAGGCCGUCUGCCUCGACUUCUGGGAGUAAUAAAACUGACAAAACCUCGUCAUCGAGGACCAGGAAGAUUAAUCCACAUAGAGCCAUGUCAUCCGUGGAUACUUGGUUCUCCAGGUACGGCAGAGACACAAGGCAAAGUACAGAUGACGCUGGUGAUCCAAUCGAUGAAGAUUCUGCAGAAGAUGACAAGAGGUUGAUGAGGCGCUCGGCGGCACAAGGCUAUGGAGAUGGAAAGUUGUCCUUCGAUCCUAACGAUCCACAGGGAGGUCCUAUUCCCCAGUCAGACCCCCGCAGCUUUCCCUCCAAGAUCUUAGAAUCUCUAGGCGUGCCACACUUCCAGGACUCCAAGUCUCAAAAGAAUAUUAGUGGAGGUGGGGAUAACGAAACAGACGCCUACAAAGGCUCCAGAAUGGCAAAAGAUGUAUUCCCACACAUUUUUGAUUACGACCUCAACGAACACGAUGACUACUACUAUGAUGACGAAGUAAAUUAUUAUUAUUUCGACGACUAUUCCGAAAAUAAUGGUCGUGCACAAAAAGAUAAGACUGGCUUGGAAGAUGUAACCGAGGAAGAAGAGUCUGACGACGUGAUUCUCGAUACGGAAGAUAACGUAGGUAAGGCUAAGGCAGGCUAUCGAGACCCCAAGAUGGUGGUGACCCUUAACUCGAUGCCGGAGCGACUGCAGAUGCAACCAACCACUAGUGCUCCCAUCAGCGCCACUCAUUACCCACCGGGGCUUAGAGCCUUGUCUCUCACGAAGGAGGAGUUCCACAUCGCUAUCCCCGAGCCCCAAGUGAAAGCACUUCCCGAAGGUCAGGACGAGGUGCUGGAGAUUGAAGUAGUGCCGCUCUACUCUAAGGUUGGUUCUGCCGUCUCCUUUGAAAAUGGACCAAAUUACUCGCCGACCAACAACAAACAGGGCGGACGGGAAACUACAACUACAGAGAGAGGUGUGAAAACCACCACUAACGUACCAUCAACACGACCUCCAACCCCUGCUCCCAUCACCACAGAUGUGCCAGCACCUGCACCUUCACUUGUGCUUGACCCGUCGCUAGGACAACCCAAAGCCUCUGUUCCACUACAAGCCGCCAAGUUCAUGCCAACCCCUGAAAGCAUUUCCCAGCAUUACCGCAGUUCAGAAUUUUCUCAUUGGAGUGAUUCCAAUAAAAAAAUUCCAAAAUUCCUGAUGCACAAAACGGGACAAAAUCCUUCCUUGCCUAGGAGCAUAUAUAGCGAUUAUAAUGUGAAGACGACAGAGGCCCCGAACCCUGCUGUUAUAGCAGAGGUUUUGCCGUUCGCGCAGCCGGCAGCUUCUUCCUCACCGAUUGAUCCAAGAUACCAUGCUAGUGUAAACCAGACCGAGAGUUCGGCCACUUCGCGAAACAAGGAAGCCUCGAUAGCAACUGGCUGGAGUUCCCAGAUAAAGGAGAGUAACCAUAUCAACGUAGCAGAGAGAGAGCAGGAAGCUGAAACUCCAGAGAAACCUAUUAACUCGGAGCCUCCAGCACAGGAGCAUCCUAGGGAGCUCAAGACUUCAGUAGAGUAUAGUUCCAGAGGCAAGGAUUUAGAUUCUCAGGUGUCCUCUGCUACCAAGCAGACGCAUCGUUCAAACAGGUCACCUCAGGUGUCCGACCUCAGACACCUCGUCCCGAGCAGCGCUAGACACUCGAAGCGAGUCACUGUCAACGUCACUAUUGAAACAGAAGGAGAGUCUCAGAUGUCCGAUGGAGGUAUUAUUGCCAAGAAACCCCUGUACGUGUUGUCUGUGUCAGUACCUACUUCAGGAAAAGACCAGGAAGCAGACAUCACCUUGGUCGAGCCAGAUGAACAACAACAGAUUGCUUCCCUCUCUCUUACUAUUUUAGGUAAUAAGACCCACGACAUCCACAAUCAGAAUAAUAAUCCGGUUGAAAAUAUUCAACGUAUGGGAUCAGACAUGCUUUCGCCGAUAGGCAGUGUCAACCGGAUAUCUGGGCCGAAAGAAGCAGGGAGGUGUCAGUGCCCCUGCCCCUGCAGUGACAGCAGCAGCUCACGCAUUAACUCCAUUCCAAUUCCCCCUAAUUUCCUCCCAGACACACACAAGACAGACACCCCAAGUACUGAGACAGGAUCUCUUUCCUCUGACGAUGCUGACUCCCAGACCUUAGCCCCUAAAGGCUGUGGUGUGGAGGUUUCUGCCCCCACCACAGCCCCACCCCAACUCCCGCCAUGGGUGGAGGAGCAACUAAAAGACCACAAGAAUCGGCCGCAGAAGACAAUACCUCCGGAUGGGACGACCUUCAAGAUGAUGGAACUGGGAGAGCAACUGGUGGACGUGAUUCCCCCUUACGGGUACUGGAACAUGCAGUUUUACCAGUCCGAGUCUGCCUACGUCAGGUUUGAUGUCUCCAUCCCGCGGGGUUCGUCCAUAGGCGUGUACGGCCGCAGGAACGCCCUACCCACCCACACCUCCUACGACUUUCUUCAGGUCCUCUCUGGCUACAAGACUGGCACGGGACGCACGACCAGGGCCUCCAAGGCGCCGUCACAGCCUCAGACGAUGACCAAGUACCUGGAGCAAGGUCACUGGUUCCUCAGUCUCUACAACGACGACGGUGACCCUCAGGAGGUGACACUGACAGGGGACGUGUCCUCAGAGUUCACUGAGGGGUGUCCCAGGGGUUGCUCAGGCAACGGUGACUGUAUCCUGGGGUCGUGUCAGUGUCACCCAGGCUUCGCUGGACCAGACUGUACACAGAUGAUGUGCCCGGUACUGUGUUCGGGUAACGGGGAGUACCGGGAUGGAGAGUGCGUGUGUCGGCCAGGCUGGAAGGGCCGGGAGUGUAGCAUCCGCCAUGACGAGUGUGAGGUCCCGGACUGCAACGGUCACGGUCACUGUGUUGACGGUCGCUGCCGCUGUGCCAAGGGUUACAAGGGAGACUUCUGUGAGGAAGACGACUGCCCCCACCCUACAUGCUCAGGACAGGGGUGGGCGUGCCGGUACGUGUGUGUUCAGCGAGGUGGAGAGGGCCUGAAUGGGGCCCAGACGGACGAUGCCCCCCUCCAGUGCCUCCCAGAUUGCAAGGGGCACGGACAUUUUGACCAAAGAAGCCCAUGCAUCUGCGACCCAGAGUGGACUGGUUCUGAGUGCAGUAAACGCGUGUGGGGGCCUGGAUGCGGACUCCAGGGCAGGUGUGAGGGCGGUGCAUCCCUUUGUACCCCUGGCUGGAAAAGGUUUGACCGCUGUAACCUCAUGAAUUGUGGUUUCAGAUGUGAGGAGCACGGGCAGUGUAAGAAUGGCACUUGCAUCUGCAUGACGGGUUGGAACGGCCGCCACUGUACUCUGGCUGGCUGCCCCAGUGACUGCUCCGGCAAUGGAGCCUGUGUUAUGGAGAAGGAGGAGUGGAUGUGUCGUUGUCAGAAUGACUGGGAAGGUUAUGACUGCUCUGUGAAGCUAGAAACAGACUGUGAUGAUAACAAGGAUAAUGAUGGAGAUGGGCUGGUAGAUUGUGCUGAUGCCGAGUGCUGUUCGACAACCCCCUGCCACCAGUCCACACUGUGCCUCACUUCUGUUGACCCCAUCGACAUCCUCCUGAGGAAGCAGCCACCUGCUGUCACCGCCUCCUUCUUCCAGCGGAUGCGCUUCAUUGUGGAGGAGGGCUCUGUCCAGAAUUAUGCCGAGGGCUCCGCCUUUAAUGCUAGCAUGCACAGGACUUUCAUAAAUGAGAGCCGUGCAUCUGUAGUACGUGGACGUGUCAUCAGUGGGAGAGGGACUGGAUUACGGGGCGUUCGUGUCUCUCAUUAUCGGCCAGCAGACACGGGCUUCACACUUACUCGUCCUGGAGGGUGGUUCGAUCUCAUGGUUAAUGGAGGUGGUGCUGUCAGACUCCUCUUUGGGAAGUCACCAUUUCUGCCUGUUACUGAGACUGUCUGGGUUCCCUGGAAUGAGAUUGUUGUUACAAACACAAUUGUCAUGACAGUGGCAGAUGUUGUGCCACCACCACCACCAACACCAUGUCCAGACCACAACUACGAUGCUCUCAAGCCAGUCGUCCUUGCCACAUGGAAACAUGGUUUCCAAGGAGGCUGUCCAGAGUGUUCAGCAAUCUUGACAGAAUCCCAGGUGGUGCAGGAAUCUCUCAGUAUCCCUGGAACUGGACUUCACCUUGUCUAUCAUUCUUCCAGAGCCUUGGGCUAUGAAUCUACCAUCCAGCUGCAGCUGACACCAUCUGUGAUCCCAGAGACCCUGCGCAGGAUAUACCUCAGGAUCACCAUUGAGGGUAUCCUCUUUGAGAAAACCUUUGAAGCUGAUCCAGAUAUCAAGUUCACCUAUGCAUGGAACCGUCUCAAUGUCUACAGGCAGCGUGUCUAUGGUGUAACAUGGGCUGUUGUGAAAGUUGGGUUUGCUUAUAGCAAUUGUGACCAAGUAAUAUGGGAUGCUCAGACUACCCAGGUGUCUGGACAUGACAUGAGCAUCUCAGACAUUGGUGGUUGGGAUCUCUCUAUCCAUCAUAGAUACAAUUUCCAUGAAGGCAUCCUACAGAAGGGUGAUGGACGUAAUAUGCACAUGAAACAGAAGCCACGUGUGCUGCAAACUCUAAUGGGAGAUGGUCAUCAGAGAGAAGUAUCAUGCAGAGCCUGUGAUGGGCCUGCAGAUAAGCAACGCCUUUUGACUCCUGCAGCACUUGCUUCAGGCCCUGAUGGAUCAUUAUACAUUGCUGACUUUAACUUGAUUAGACGUGUUUUACCAGAUAACACAGUCAAGACUGUGGUUAAAUUAAACGAGACCAGAGUUUCUUACCGUUACCAUUUGGCUGUAAGCCCAGUCACUGGUGACGUUUACAUCAGUGACCAUGAGGCCCAUCUGAUCCUGAAGGUUCGUGACCCAGAUGACUUCGCCAGCCCUGAGGAAAAUUAUAUGCCUUAUGUGGGAUCUGGUGAACGUUGUUUACCCGGUGAUGAAGUGGGCUGUGGUGACAACUCUCUUGCCAGAGAUGCCAAGCUCCAGUAUCCAAAAGGAAUGGCUCUUUCUUUUAAUGAUGUCCUUUACUUUGCUGAUGGCACUAAUGUUCGUGCAGUAGAUGCUGAUGGAAUCAUCAAUACAGUAAUUGGCACUCACCGACAUCGUGCACACUGGAGACCACUACCAUGUGAAGGAACUGUACCAGUGUCUGAAGUCAGUUUACGCUGGCCAACUGCUUUAGCCAUCAGCCCCUUAGAUGACUCUUUAUAUGUUUUGGAUGAUCAUCAUGUAUUGCGGCUGACUCAUGAUGGACAGAUUAAAGUAGUGGCUGGUAGACCUCUCCACUGUCCUCCCUUAGGUCAUGAUGUACCAUCUGAUCUUGCAGCUCAUACUACUCUUCGCUCUCCACAGAGUCUAACUUUUGCCCCGAAUGGAGACCUUUACAUCGCAGAGAGUGACAAUGAGCGUAUAAAUCGUGUCCGUGUUAUUGAAACAGAUGAACGAAUUCAUGAUUUUGCCGGUGCUGAUUCAAAAUGCAACUGUCAAGAGGAAAGCUGUCCUUGUUAUGACGAAUCCCAUGUAUUAGCUGCUACAGCUGUGUUCUCAACCAUUUCAGCACUAGCCGUGACCCCAGAUGGUACAGUACAUGUACUAGAUCAAGGUAACCUGCGCAUCCGUUCUGUUACCUCCUCUAUCCCAGAGCCAAAUGCACAACGUAUGUAUGAGAUCUACUCUCCAGAAACACAGGAGGUAUAUAUAUUCAAUAGAUUUGGGCAUCAUGUGGAGACGCGUAGUAUUCCAACAGGGCGUACCAUCUAUAUGUUUGCAUACAAUGUAAAUACCAGCAAUGGCAAACUGUCUACAGUCACAGAUGCUGGUGGAAACCGUGUAUCUUUCCUCCGUGACUAUACAGGACAGGUUACCAUGAUAGAAAACUCCCGCCAGCAAAAGUGCCGGUUGCAGAUGUCAAGGACACGCCGCCUCGAAGAGUUAGUAACACCUGACGAACACAAUGUAACCUUGACAUAUCAUGGCGCUCUGGGUCUUUUGCGAUCACGAAUGGAUUCUACAGGCCGUGCCCAUGUCUAUACCUAUGACAUUUAUGGUCGCCUGACACGCACAGUCACUCCCUCAGGUCAAGUUAUAGAUUUAUCAUUUGACUUGAGCCAAAAGGGAGCUAGAGUAACUGUGACUCGGGAUGGCACUGCACCAAUCACCAUGCUCAUCAAGGGUGCACUUGUCACACAGACCAUUGGCUCAGCGUCGAGUGUUACAGCUCAGCUCCCUGAUGGAUCGGUUGUGACACGUACAGCUUGGGGUCAUCACAUAGCCACUGAGACUGUACCAUACACACUCUUGCAAGAUCACACACUUGCCCACUCAUUCCCAGUCUCAGGAAGGCAACGUACAGAAAUUGGAGACGAACUUGUCAACAGCUUUGAUUGGAAGUACUUUGUGGAAACUAGUGAUCAAAAUGGACCAGUAACCCAGGUUGGCCGAAAGAUGAGGGUAAAUGGUGAAGACUUGCUGACAUUCAAGUAUGAUCUCUACACUGGAACAGAGGCUGUUUUAAAUGAAGCAGGAGUCACCCUCCUCAAUGUAUCCUAUGAUCCUCUUGGACGGCCUUUGCGUUGGACUCCAGCUCAACCUUUUCUUCCUGUGGAGAUGUCCUAUGACAGAUUUGGGCAGCUUGAGCAUUGGUCUUGGGGUGAUAUGAAGGAAGAGUAUUCCUAUGACCGUAACGGAAGAUUUGAGGGAGUUACUUAUGCUGAUGGUUCCAAGGUCAUGUACUCUUUCAAGGACAUAUCUAGUGUUAAGCCUUAUAAAGUGAGUGUGUCAUCUGGUGCUGAGCAUCUCCUUGAACAUGAUGAAGGUGGAGCCUUGUCUGCUGUGACAACUCCACGUGGUCAUAAAUAUGCCUUCCAUGUCCAGCCAUCUCUUCUCCACAAUCGUUUCACCUUCACACCACCUGGAUCACCACGUCACCCAUACCAACUCUUCUACAGCGAUGAUGGUCGAAAGCUAGCAGAAAUUUUACCGCAUCAGGCUAGUCGUGUUAUUUACCAUUAUGACGGCAGUGGACGUUUACAUCAACAGCUGUUUGGUGAUGGAUCUGUUGAAUAUGGAUAUCAUGCAGAGACUGGUCUUUUGCGAACUGUGUCUGUUAGAGAAAGAGGAUUUGAGCUACGCAGUGACAACAAAUAUCACGCUGGGCUUGUGAAGGAGCAGAGAGUUAGAUUUGGAGAGUCUUCCGGUUUGGAUUCUGCCAAACUGAGAUUCUUGUAUGAUGGAAAUGCACGCCCAAGACGAGUUGAGGUAGAAAUCAAUGGGAAGGAGCAGCCAGAUUAUGAUAUGAAAUAUGAUAUGAUUUUAGGUACUUUAGAUAGUGUGGGAGACCUGAAAGUAACAUCCUCAUAUCACAAUAAAACGGUUGUACAGGAUGUUAGAAAAACAAUGUUGCGAGUAACUGGCUAUGAUCCCCAUGGACGCAUAGUAGAAGCAGCUUUAACCUUGCGCAGUCGCAUGGUGCAUCGAAGAAGGUACACUUAUGAUAGUCGUGGAAGACUUGCAACUAUGUCAACUUGGCGAGGACCUGGGUCUCUUGAGAUACGCAACAAUUAUACAUACACUCCUGAUGGUUUUCUACAGGCUGUAGAUGGAGCAGAAUCUUGGCAGUUCCGUUAUGAUAAAAAUGGCAACAUGAUUGCUGUGGUGGAAGGUGGAAGAGAAAUGACAGCAACGUAUGAUGGAGCAGACCGGUUGGUUGGCUGGGGUGAUGUUGAACUUAAUACUUACUCCCCAGGAGGUACUGUGGUGAGACAAGGUGAAGUCCAUCUCUCGUAUAGUGCUCGUGGAAACCUUAAAUCUGCCUGGCAACAAGAUCAGUAUAAAAUCUGGUGUAGACAUGACCAUCAUGGACGGCUGACAGUAUGGGAAGAUGACCAUGGUAAUGUUACUCAGUUCUUCUAUGCUGACUUACUCAGACCAAACCUUCCUACCCACAUACACUAUCCAAAACAAGGAGAAACACAUUCUUUAGAAUAUGAUGAACGUGGUCACCUUAUGGCUCUACACACAGGAAGACAUCGGCUUUGGGUCUCAACAGACCAUCUAGGAUCACCUGUGGCUGUGUUUGACGAUUCAGGAGUAUUGGUAAAAGAAAUUGUCAGAUCUCCCUGGGGUGCCACUCUUAGUGACUCAAGACCUGACCUCCUUUUGCACGUGGACUUCCAGGGUAGUCUUCGUGAUCCUGUUACAGGAUUUUUGGUAUUUGGGCUCCACACUUAUGAUCCUGUCCAUGCUCAAUGGAUGGCACCUCGUUAUGACUUAGUAACCAGUGCUCCAAACCAUGUGGGGGCUGUUUAUGUCCAUCGCUUCCAUGAUAAUGAUCCUGUUAAUCUGAUAACUCACCAGCCUCGACAUUACACAGAUCUGGACAGUUGGCUCAAACUUUUUGGAGUUGAUUUGUCAAAGAUGUUAGGCUCAAGUUAUCAUGAUGAGACAGUGGAAAAACAGAGAGGUGGCCUGUUAAAAGCAUCACAGCUAGCACCAUCUCUCAGUGUUAUAUCUGGCUUGUCCUGCUCCACAGGAGGUGUACUGAGACAGUUUUCACGACCUUCUCUGUUGCCAGAGUCUUUGGUGCGAUCUAAUGCACCAGCAUGGGCCAUUCCUGGCUGGGCAGCUCUAGGAAGAUUCUCAUCAUCCCCGCCAGUAUUGGGUCCUGGAGUUUUAGUGUCUCGCGUGAAUGGUAGAGCACUCGUCUCUUUAGUGCCAUCAAGAGAAAAUCCUGUGGUGCAAGAUGUAGCGAGGGAUGUCCUUAAUGGUUCAGCCUUACUUGAUGUGACACUUACACACCAUCACCACCACACACUUUAUUUGGUCAAAGAAAAUGCUGAACUUCGUCACGAUGAUUUACAGCAACUUCAGCGAUUAAGUGGUCGAUUUAAUGUGUCGGCUAAGGAAAAUGAAGAACACCAUGAAAUAAGGGUAGUAGGCAGCGAUGUAUCACUUGUAUUGCUGUAUGGUGUGGAUCCAUCCAAUGCUCGUCACAGGCUUUUACGCCAUGCCCAUCGUCGGGCCGUUGACCAUGCAUGGGAGAAUGAACGCUUAUUAUUAGAACGUGGGUCUCCUACAACUCAUGAAUGGACAGUGGAAGAACGUGUAGAGCUUAUAAGUAAGGGAACUGUGCCUGGCUAUAUGGCUGCUGAUAUGCACUCCAUUCAUCGGUAUCCUCUUCUGGCAGAUGAUCCAACCAAUGUUGUCUUUAGACGUGAUACUGGGCGACGGCGACGACGAAGUCAAGCUGGUAUUCAGUCAUGAUCCGUGGGGCUGGGCACGGCCCUUGUACAUACUGCUGUAUAGUGUAGCGCUGUGAACCUGUACACACUGUACAAACAGGGUAUUUCUCACGCAUUGUACACAUCUCUCCGAGCCGGAGAAUAAUCCUCACAUGUGAUAGAGGCAGACUGUGUGGUGCAGGCCAUAGUGUCAGUAACUGAAGCUGCUGGGGGAGGGAAGGGGGGGGGGGGUAGAAUGGGAGGUGGACAGAGUUGGUGUAAGAAUGGUGCCUACAUGGUGUCACGGACAUGUGAAGAAUGAGGUUCAGUGGACAUUUUUAUGUUCCACUGUAAUCCUGGAGCACUGUUGCUGGCAGUUGUAAAUAGUGAAAGCCUAGCAGCAUUUUAUACUGUCAGGAUAGUCAAGGUUCUGCAAUAGUAUAUAAUUUUGCUGCUUAACAUUCCAUGAAUCAUGUACUUUUAUGGAAAGACAAGUAUGCAAAGUUGGUGUGAAGCACAGAGAGACAGCAAGACAUAUAUAUUUUGUACGUUUUUGUUACAAUCAUGUCCAUUAUUUAGAGAUACUUAACGCCUAUUUCUAUUUGAAUGUAUCCUGUGUCCUAGCGAGAUGUCUUAUGGCGAGAAGCUUGGGUUCAAACUUUUAUAAAAAAAAAAAAAAUAAUUUGUAUAGAGGAAAGCAGAUGAAGGUACUGAUGACAUGCUGUGUAUAUAUAUACAUAUAUGCAGAACAAGUCGCAUGGGGGUGGAAAUCUUUAGCUCUAGAUUUUUCGCACUUGUGAAAAAUCUAGAGCUAAAGGCAAGGCAGAAGGUAUCAGUGGCAAUCCAUAUGGGCUGCCACUGAUACCUUCUGCCUUACCUCAGAGAAUUUACUCUCUUACCUGUUGUCUUGCAACGUUGUGUAGCUCCUGGUGAUGCACAAGAGUGUGAAAGAUAUAUAGCUAAAGAUUUCUAUCCCCAUGUAGCUUGUUCUGCAUUGUUAAGAUCGCCUGCUUGCGAUUGUAUUGCAUUAUAUAGAUAUAUAUAUAUAUAUAUAUAUAGAAUUCAGGUAUUAAGAAUUAUUCAGCUCUAUGCAUGUGUACAUUUUGACCAUCCCUGCAUUGCAGGGAUCAAGCAUUUUAUUUUUUUAUUGACUAGGUUUCAAGCUCUGCUUUCUCUCUUGCUCUUUUUUUUUUUUUUUUUUUUUAAUUGUAUACAGUGAUAUAACUAUUAUGAGGCUAAAACUCAUUGCAUUAAAGUGCAUUUUCCUUUUUUAACAUACAGAAAGUGAACUUUAAUGAUACUUAUCUUUACUGGUUGUCACUAUAAGACAUCCCGCCUGAAAGGCAAUAAUUAAGCGAACAUUGAGGUCCAGAUACGUGGCGUUUCUCUAUGUUUUCUGGUCCACUUAUAUGACGUGUAGCUGGCAAUAUUAACAAUUUGUUGUUUCUAAUGUUUGUUAAGGUUAGCUCAUGUGGGCUGGUGGGUUAUCUGCUAAGUCAGGCCUACAGUUAAAAGUGCUAAAUGAUCCUUGAAAAAUAUAAUUUGUGACUUGGCAAGAAAGCAUUCCUCUAAGGUAGCAAUAUUCAAUGGAUAUCAGUUGUGAAUAAAAGGUUGGUUUCAAAAUGUUCUCUAAUAUAACCAAGAUAAUAUUCACCAAAUUAAAGUUAAUAUAAUGUAAAAUUAUUAAUUCGAAAUAUGAGUGGUAACUGUGGUUAACUAGGUAAAAUUAAAUGUUCAACCCUUUAAAAAUAUGGAGAAAAUGCACAAGUUUAAAAAAAAUCAUGUGUAUAUAUUUUUGUCAGAGGAUAUUCACUUUGCAUUCACAUUUAAAAAAACUUAGCUGAAUUAGUGUAUAUUCUAGAAGAGAGCAGUACUUCAAAGGAUACAUUAUUUAGGCACAUUAUCAUCAUAUAUCCUGGAGAUAUUGACAAGGUUGUCCCUCACCCAGGUAGAAACUUUUCUACCAUAAAUUAUAGUACUUAUCUAGGAUGUCAAGCAAUCACUGUAGAAUAAAACAUAUCCCAUGAUAUUCGUGGGUGCAAAACAGAUAUUCGUCCAGGUUACACAGAGCUGGCCCUGUUUACAGUCACAAGAUUGGUGCUUUAUUUCUUAGUGAAGAAUUACUUCUGGUGUCUACAUGAUACAGAAUGUUUAUACAUUAUUGAUUUUAUCGGUGCUUUUUUAUUUAUUUACAUAUCUGAAUCUUAGGAACUGAACCAAAAAAAUUUCAAUUAGUACUAUAAUUUGCCUUUUAGUACAGCUUGGCGCAACCAACAUAUCAAGACACUGUAGAUUAGGCUGUAUGUUCAUGUGCCAUAGAGUUCACAUUGGUUGCUUGUGCCAAGAGUUAGAUUUGGGAGUAUGUUUUGUACAGGCAUGUCAAGAGAUGAAUGUUAGAAUAGCCAAAGAUGUGAAUGAUGUUGAAUUACUAUAUUCUCGUGCCCUCCCAUCUACCUGCGAUAUCUAAAAAGUUAUGAAUGGCCAGGUCUAUUUCUCUCUUAAAGGAGUGUGGUUUGUACAUUAAAAGGGAGAUGUUACAAUCUUGCUGUUGGUGGUCUUUCACGUUGACGUCAUCAUUCACGUAUAGAUUUUUAUUUCUAAGUACAUACAUAUUUCCUUCUCCCAUUCAAUAACUUUUGCUCUCCUAACAAAUUUUAUCUUCUUUAUAAUAAAAUUUAUAAUUAAUUGCCAUACUGGGGUGUUAGAAGCCUCUUAACACAUCAUGCAUUAUAAAAAAAGUAUUACUAAGUCUAUACACAUUGAAAAAAACACUUAUUCUUAUAUAAGAAAACUGAAUUUAUACAUUGAAUACAUUAAAUAAAUACAGUAUAUUACAGCAUAUUCUUUAACAGGGAGAAUGCAAUACACAUCAUUAUGCAAUCAUCCCAAGAUCAUUUCUUGUACAUCAGCAUAUUCCGAGAACUAUGCCUGUCAUACACAUGAAGUAAUCCAGAUUGCCACACAAUUAAUAACCAUAGGAACUGGUUCCAUAACCUCAUUCUUAUUUCUCUUCUAGACUUCUCCAGACUCAGUCGUCCAGAAUUUAGAGAUAUUUAGAUAAUCUAGUGUUAAACUGCAAAAGUGAUGUUAUUUUAUGAAAGGAGAGGUAGAUAGUUGCACACAAGCUCUUGCAAGAAAGAUUAUGUUUUAUAUAGUAAUUAUGUAUAAAAUACUUUUUGUCCCCAUGUUUUACCAAACCAUGGCAUUAUUUUUUUCCAGAUCCCUGAAGUCAUAUAUUUUGUGGGAUUUUUUUUAAACUGCAAUAUUUAGAUAUUUUACAUACUGUACUAUAGGAAGUAUUGUGCAACAGUGGGCAUUACUAAUCAUAUUUGACAUAAACAUAUAGGUCAGUGAAUGAAAAACAAUUGUAUGUACUUUUGUCUUUCCCACACAAUCUUUAAAUUUGUAGUUUAAUAAGUGUUGAGCGAUGCUAUGUUUGUACCGUACAAGCCCACAAUGUGGGGUCCGCGAUUAAUGUUACUGUAAACAAGAGAGAUUAUGUGCACGGGGACAGCUGGUCUCCGCUAAAAUAAAAUAUGGCGUAA